AUGGAAACAUCACAGUUCAUGUUGCAAACUUACUCUGGCUCAAGUAGCUCUUCAUUUCCUGAGCUCCUGAAUCUAUUUAUUUUCUCUCUCUGCAGAGGUAGCUUGUACUGGUUCUGCUAUCUGGUUGAAAAUGUUCCUACUGACAUAUCAUCUCCAAGGGCAAUCCUGUGUUCCAUAUCUUCCACUCAUGAUAUGUGUAUCCAUCCAAGAAACUGCAGUUUGGCAAGGAAAUGGCUGCUAGCUAGAUACACGAGUAAUGCUUCAUUUGAGCUGAACACAAACAAUGAUGUUGCAAGGUUCUCAAUAGGCAAGACGCCUGAUAAUAGUAAUUCCACAACAAAGGCCAAGAAGGAGAAAAAAGUUAAAAUGUCUAGAAAAACAAAAUUGAAAGAGCUCAGAUUCUAUCGUUUGAAGGCUAAAAAGGAGAUGAAUUCCCCAAUAUCGGAAGUGAGGAUAAGAUAUAAGCUUGAGAAGGCCAAGUGGAAGGAAGCCUGGUUGAUUGAGAAGCUGAGGAAAUUUGAGGCACCAAAAUCCCCAGCAGAAAUAUAUGAUCCAGAAAUUUUAACAGAGGAAGAGAUACAUUACCUGAAGCGUACUGGUGAGAAAAAGAAAAAUUAUGUUCCAGUCGGGAGACGAGGAGUGUUUGGCGGGGUUGUUCUGAACAUACAUCUUCAUUGUAAGAGGCAUGAGACCGUUAAGGUUGUCUGCAAGCCUUGCAAGCCAGGACAGGUUCAUGAAUAUGCCGAGGAACUUGCCAGUUUGAGCAAAGGUAUUGUGAUUGACAUCAAGCCCAAUAAUACCAUGAUUUUCUACCGUGGAAAGAACUAUGUGCAACCAAAAGUAAUGUCAACACCAGAUACGCCGUCAAAAGAGAAGGCCUUGGAGAAAUAUAGAUAUGAGCAGUCCCUUGAGCAUACAAGCCAGUUCAUUGAGAAGUUGGAGAAGGAGCUAGAAGAGUACCAUCAACACCUUGAACGAUUUAGAAAAGGGAGAGAAAGCACCCGAAGAAUAAAGAUGCUAUGCGUGAGUAUCAUAUUACCUGAUUGA